UCCAUUAGGAUUAUGCAAGAUGUCGGAGAAAUUGACGGUUUCGUACAUGGCACUUCUGGCUAUUACUUGGCUAACUGUCAAAGUAACUGCGAGCGAAGUAUCUCAGUUCCCUAGGGACCUGGACGUCCUGCGAGGUGCGAAUGCUACCAUGUUCUGCAAAUUUCCACUUUUGCAAGAUACUGUUGACGUCCGUUGGUGGAAGGACAGCGAGAAGACAUUGUUAGUAAAGGACGACAGAAGACAAUUUACUCUCGAAAGGGGAAGGGGUUCACUUGUACUCUGGAAUGUCAAAGUCGCCGACUCCGGAAUGUAUUACUGUGUAGCAAGGUAUCAAGAACGAUAUCUCGGGAAAGGAAAUGGUACCAGGCUCUCUGUGUUCGCUCUUCCAACUCCAUUGGAAAUUGUUCCUAUUGGAGGGUUUUCGUCUCCUCGAAAACUCCAGUGUAAAACGGCUGGUUUCUAUCCGGAGAAAAUAGAAAUCGUUUGGCAAAGAAAUAACAAGCAAAUUCACACUGGAGCAGAAAAUACGACAAUCAAAAAAGUGGGUGGCUUGUACGAAGCUAUUAGUUCAUUAGAAGUCACGCAGUCUACUUGGGGAAAAGAUAUUUACACCUGUCUGGUGAUGCAUGUCUCCUUGACGGUUCCUGCCGUUUUCAGCUACAUACAGGAACAAGGUAAGAUGUAGUC